GACGGUAUGAGAGCUCGAGCGAGCGGAUUUAAAAUGGAGGUUUUUACAAUGACCGAGUGUGGAUCCAGAUCCCAAAAUAAAAGCAGCAACAUUUUCCACGUAGGACGCGACUAGAAAGCGUGAAAAUUAUCCCCGACUCCCCGGUUUUCGGUUUCUCCCACUCGGUUCUGACUCUGGGGAUAUUAGAAGUGGAGGAUUUGCAGUCAGAAAACUAAAACCAAAUCUCACAUGAGAAUCUGACAGAGUUGCUCAAUUUAUUUUCACCUGAAUAUCAUCGGAAUUUGAACAUGGCAGGAAAAAGCACCAUUCACAGUGGGGAGAAACCGUACACGUGUUCUGUGUGUGGACGAGGUUUCAGCCGAUUAUCUGGCCUGUCGAGACACAAGCACAGUCACAUGGAGAAGCCAUGGAAAUGUGGAGACUGUGGAAGGGGAUUCACUCAGUCAUCCUACCUGCUGAUACACCAGCGAGUACACACUGGGGAGAGAUCAUUCACCUGCCCUGAGUGUGGUAAGGGUUUCACUCAGGCAUCCAACCUGCUGACACACCAGAAAGUUCAUACAGGGGAGAGGCCGUUCACCUGCUCUGACUGUGGGAAGGGAUUCACUGCGUCAUCCCACCUGCGGACACACCAGCGAGUUCACAUGGGGGAGAAACCAUUCACCUGCCCUGAGUGUGGUAAGGGAUUCACUUGGUCAUCCAGCCUGCUGACACACCAGAAACUUCAUACAGGAGAAAGGCCGUUCACCUGCUCUGACUGUGGGAAGGGAUUCACUGCGUCAUCUCUCUUGCUGACACAUCAGCGAGUUCACACUGGGGAGAAACCAUUCACCUGCUCCGAGUGUGGGAAGAGAUUCACUUCGUCAUCCCACCUACUGGCACAUCAGCGCACUCACACUGGGGAGAGGCUAUUCACCUGCUCCAAGUGUGGGAAGGGAUUCACUCAGUCAUCCCACCUACUGACACACCAGCGAGUUCACACUGGGGAGAGACCAUUCACCUGCUCUGAAUGUGGGAGGCGAUUUGCUCACUCAUGCCACCUAGUGACACACCAGCGAAUUCACACUGGGGAGAGACCAUUCCACUGCUCCAAGUGUGGGAAGAGAUUCACUUCGUCAUCCCAGUUACUGACACACCAGCGAAUUCACACUGGGGAGAGACCAUUCACCUGCUCAGAGUGCGGGAGGAGAUUCACUCACUCAUGCCACCUAGUGACACACCAGAGAAUUCACACUGGGGAGAGACCAUUCCACUGCUCCAAGUGUGGGAAGGGAUUCACUCAGUCAUCGCACCUACUGACACACCAGCGAGUUCACAGUGGGGAGAGACCAUUUACCUGCUCUGACUGUGGAAGGAGAUUCACUCUGUCAUCCACCUUGCUUAUACACCAGCGAGUUCACACUGGGGAGAGAUCAUUCACCUGCUCUGAGUGUGGGAGGGGAUUCACACUGUCAUCCAGUCUGCUGAGACACCAGAGAGUUCACACAGGGGCGAGGCCUUUCCCCGAUCCAAGAUUGGGAAGGAUUCACUCAAUCAUCCCACCUUCUGACACACCAGUGAGUUCACAAGUAACUACUGUGGUUUCAUUUUGCUUUUAAUCACAUCCAGGACUGAAUCAUGUUCAUUGGGAUCUGUUUUUUCCCUUCUGCAAAGGAAGGUGGUUGUGGUUUCAGAGGUCAGUCAUCUCAGCCCCAGGUCAUUGCUGCAGGAGUUUCUCAGGGAAGUGUCCUCAGCCCAACCAUCUUCAGCUGCUUCAUCAAUGACCUUCCC